GUAAGCGUAUACUCGAGCAACACUUAAGCAAAAUCGAAGAUUGUCAUAAUAUCGCACAGACGACGUUUCCCGAAGCAAGGCUGAGACUUAGAACCGCGAGAAUUGUCUUCGCUUUGAAUGAGACACUUUUGACGAGGACCGUCUCACUCGCUGGAAUUCGGCGAAGUAUUCGAGCUAAACAAAACUUUAAAACCUUGCGAUAUCCAAGAGCAAAGUCAUGUACACCACAACCAGCUAUGUGAGCAGAUACUUCCCAGCUUUGGACACCAUUUUAACGUUCCCUGUCGUGUAUUAUGGUUACCGCAACUCUUCGGCAACUCAUGCGAACACUUAUCCUAGAAGCAAUAAAGGUUUUAUUGAAAAUGGGAGCGCUUACGAACGGCCGAGUGUGAUUAAAUUUGUGCCAAAAUUUUGUACGAAGGCGGCGACUUUGAAUGAUGAAGUGUACGAGAUGACAAGAGAGCGCGGAAAUUUCGAGAAGGAAAGUUUUCACGAGCAACUAUGCGGAUUGGAAGAACGAAGAUUGAACAGCGAAAAACGUUCUGCUAUUCUCAUGGGACAUCACGAUCAUCAUGACUUGAGAGAAACAUUUGAAGGGGUACAUAUGUGCAAUGAGGGAUUAGAAAAAGUGGACUGCGAAUCGUGCUGUGAAUCGACUGAUGGCGGCGAGCUAGGAGAACCUGCGAGUCCUUUAAAUGAUCUGAUGUAUAGUAAGCAAGCAUGUGACGAUGAUACAAGAUCGACAUUGAACAAUGGUGUGGUAAAACAGUCUAUAUCUGAGAUGAAGGCUAUACUUGAUAUCGAAAGGUACAAAGUAAACGAGGCAAAAAAGUUGAGCAGUAAUUCAAAAGCAAAUGAAGUCAAAAUCCCCAGAAAGAAUCUUGACAAAAAGGCACACGAGGCGAAACGUCAUCAAUGCAAGGAAUGUGGCACGAGAUUCAAGAAACCCAGCGCCUUAAUCAUUCAUAUGAGGACGCAUUCGGGGGAGAAACCUUACGCAUGUGAAAUUUGCGACAAAAAGUUCUCCAUCUCUGGUAAUCUUCGUCGUCACAUGUUCACGCACACUGGCGAAAAACCUUACAAAUGUAAGGCGUGCGGGCGAGGUUUCAAUAAUCCCAGUCAUCUUGCCAGACAUUCGAAGAAGAUUCACAUUCAAAGCUUAGUCAAUCUUAGGUAAUUAGAUUUGUGAACUGAGCAAACUUGGAGAAUAAAAACAAUACAUCAUACAAUUGAUGAUUUUGAAGUAAGAAGAUCGAAGUAGGGCAGCUGCGAUGUAAAUAAAUUUUGGUUUCAAUUUGAAUUCAUAAGUAACAAUGGCAAAUUGUCUUUAAGAUGACAGAGGUGAUAUUAAAGAUCAAUGAAAAAAAAUUGUUACUUGCUUGUUACUUAUAAAAAUACAACGUCAUUCCCUAAUUAUAACUGUUUAGAAACAGGUCAUAAGCUCACCUCAAUAACAGCAUUCCACCAAUAACAAGUGAUGGGAAAAAAUCCAUGAUCAACAACUGAUAUGGUUUCACUGUUCUUCCCAGUUCGAUUAUAUUUCCAAUUACAAUGGUGUUUCAAUCAUCUAUCUUUGUGGCAGGUAACUGGCGGACGAUAGCCCGAGCCCUUGAGAAUUCUUAGUUUAAGAUAGUUGCCAAACUCCAAAGUCACAAUCCCAACUAUUUGCUAGCUUCAUCAACAUCACAAUCAUUAAAAAGUCGAUUUAUCAGGAGCCAAAUAAUCUUCUCUCGGCAAAUCUGAAAGUGAUAACGAUCCUAUAUCAUCAUUCGCGAAUAUAACACUCGACUUGCACACAAUUUAUGUGACAACCCAGUAAUGUCUUGUGCGUGUUUUUGUCAUGUUAUACAAAUCUUCAUCACGCAAACAUUUACUGCACGAGGAUUGAAGCAUUUUUACAACUGUUGAGAGUGAAGGGACGAGGAAGGCUGGGAUGGGGUUGAGGUGGUUGAGGUGAUGCGGUGUCGUGUACCCCUACAGUUGUUUGUAACACCUUAUUAAAUAUAAUUUUAUAUCAAAUAUCAAAAUAUUUUACGCACACAGAGAGCUGCGUGUGCAAAGCAUUUCCGACAUAUUAUGAUUGAAUGUAUAGAUAUAGCAAAGUAGACAUGUUGUUUGUGAAAAUGCAAACACCAAACAACUGGAAUCGAAAGGACGUUUACUGGUUUUCAAAUAUACUAAUUUACCAGCUUCUAACUGUCGUUCGAUAUCCGACAGCUUCGGUAAAGUAAAAUGUUUUAAAACCAGAACGUCUUUUUGUAUGAUAAUCAAAUAACUUGUGAGAGAAAGUGUUACGAGAAUACUGUAUGAGAUUAUUUAAUGACAGGAAAAAUUUCUUUUCAUAGAAGCCAAGCUUAUUCCACUUUUAAAAAUGUACAUAACUUUCGCUGUUUUUCUGUCGUUUGAACAUUUACUUAAAAAACCGCUACAUUUCUACGUCAACAAUAUUCUAUGUUUUCGUUGUUCAUCAAAAUGAAAUAGCUACUAAAAGAACCUUUUAUGAUGAUUGAGCUAAUGAGCCUUUUUGUUCAAUAUUUUUACAUACGUGCAGACGUUUUUUAACCUCGUGCUGAGAUCACUUAGCUACUGAGAACAAGUGGAGAAUAGUUAGCUCAACUACAAGUGGGAUAUGGCAUGUUAUAUAUAUGUGAAUGUUUUAUCAAAAUGCUUCCUUAAUUAACUUUCAUUUAUUAUUACGACUUACAGCUACUACGAAUACAUGCAUGCACACUUUAAGUAUGCUCUUUACCAAUCUUUAUGAAGUAAACACAAUACAACGCGUGCGCUGAUUGGUCUAUAGCUGUGUUUGCAUUAGCCUGUGCAAAACGGAUCGGAGCUCAUUAUGAGCUCAACCAAUCAAAUCAAUCAGAUCUGCUAUCCAGUUCUCCAAAGGUCUCCUUGAUUUGCAUAAGCCUGUGCAAACACAGUAAAUAAAACUAAAUAUUUUUUAUUUCUUAAACGUGAUUGGGGUUUAUGUUUGGUUUGAAGUACAAUGAAGUACAUUAUAAACGUUAUAAUUUAUAAAUCUAAAGAGUUCAUCGCUUUGUCGGAUUGACCAUCAAAAACCUGAAACCGCAAAACUCGUUGAUAUUAGGUAAGCAGUUUUCACCAGUUAUUGAAGUUGACCAGGCGACCACUUUUAUCUGGAGCGCAAUGGUAUACGAGGGAGGAAUAGGGUACACAGUUGUGCAGGAAACACAAAAACACACUUCAAUGAAAUUUUUUAAUGAAAAAAAUUAUGCGGCUUCCGUUUACAUAUCAAGUAUAUCGACAUGUUAUCACAAUUGAAAAAUGGUAAACUAGUGGAAUAUUUCAAUACUCGUUUCUAGUACACGGACGUUGAAAAAAAUCAAGAUGCCCACACAAGAUAUAGAUCAAUAGUUUCAAGGUUUCGAGUGAGCCUCAUGUGCUGCAGCAUUAUCAACGAGAUAGGAUGUGCGUAUCACUCAGGAAAAUAUAACGACUGAAAAUCGUUACCUAAGAAUCAGAAAGAUCAAAUCCUACCUUUCACUGUUCUCCUAUCAAAAAGCUUUGUUUUCAUAUGUUGCUACACGUUGCUUGCGUUGCUAUUGUACGGUUUGACGAACGCCAAAAACCAUGAACACCGAUGGGUUCUCUAUCCCAUUGCGUUAGCUACACUUCCUUGAUCGACGGUCCGCAGCUUCUCGUCCACCGUCCUGUCACAUUGGCAAUUGUCUAAAGAGAUGUUUCAUAAAAUUUUAGGAUUCAGUUCUUGUAUUUCUGACUGUCAUAAUAGCAUAAGACAGUCAAUAGCAAUAAUUUGCAAAGCACAUGAUUCAAAAAUAUAUUAUUCAUAAUAUA